GGCGGAGACGCCGGCGUGCGCGUGACGUCACGGACGCGCCGGUCUCUAAACUCUUCCUAGUUUUCUUUCUAGCUUGUGAGUGAGUGACUUUUUAAGUGGUUUUGGAAUUUGCUGCGUCUGUGAGAGCAGCAAGCUGUCAACUUCCCUAGUUGAAUUUGCUUUGGAUGUCAUUGUGAAGCAGAAUUGAUAUGCCACUUGAAUUAAUAAAGGAAGUCAGUGGGGUGCCUGAAGUUCAGCAGCUGAGUAAAUUACACAAGGUAGAUUUCAGAUCUCUACAGCCAGGUUGUGAUUAUAGCAAGAAAUAUAUUCAGGGAAAACUUUCACUUAUCUCUUCUUUAACUUACGGUGGAAAUGGAAGAGCUAUUUUGAAGAUUGGACUUCAAGAAAAAGAAAAUUCAGAGGUCAACACCAUCAAUGUAUUAAUUUUUGGAAAAUUAGCAAAGGACUGUGCAAAAGUUUUCUAUGAAGGGGACACCAUUGCAUUGGCUAGAUUUAUUGUUUUGUCAGCAUCUACAAGCAGAGACACUAAAUGUUGCAUAUUUUUGAAAGCAUUUGAAAACUUCAAAUCAAUUGUUUAUGUUUAUGUCAAAUCUGUGAGAGAUUUUUCUACAGAACCAAUGUCUUUGGUUCCAGCAACAAAUUAUAUAUAUACACCCCUUAAUCAACUUAAAGGUGGUACAAUUGUCAAUGUCUAUGGUGUUGUGAAAUUCUUUAAGCCCCCAUAUCUAAGCAAAGGAACUGAUUAUUGUUCGGUGGUAACAAUUGUGGAUCAGACAAAUGUAAAGUUAACUUGCCUGUUUUUUAGUGGAAACUAUGAAGCCCUUCCAAUAAUUUAUAAAAUUGGAGACAUUGUUCGCUUUCACAGGCUUAAGAUUCAGAUAUAUAAAAAUGAGCCUCAGGGUAUCACCAGCUCUGGGUUUGCAUCUUUGACAUUUGAAGGAACCUUGGGAGCUCCUGUCAUACCUCGUACUUCAAGCAAAUGUUUUAAUUUCACUGCUGAGGACCACAAAAUGGUAGAAGCACUACGGGUAUGGGCAUCUACACAUAUUUCGCCUUCUUCCAUGUUAGUACAGUUGUGUGAUGUUCAGCCUAUGCAGUAUUUUGACCUGACUUGUCAGCUUGUGGGCAAAGCAGAAGUGGAUGGAGCUUCAUAUCUUCUAAAGGUAUGGGAUGGCACCAGGACACCAUUCCCAUCUUGGAGAGUUUUGAUACAAGACCUUGUUCUUGAAGGUGAUUUAACUCAUAUUCAUCGGCUACAGAAUCUGACAAUAGACAUUUUAGUCUAUGAUAACCAUGUUCGAGUGGCAAAAUCCCUGAAGGUUGGAAGCUUUCUUAGGAUCUAUAGCCUCCAUACCAAACUACAAUCAGUGAAUUUGCAGAGCCAGGCAUCAUUGUUAAGCCUAGAGUUUCAUCUCCAUGGAGGUACUAGUUAUGGUCGAGGAAUCAGGGUCUUGCCAGAAAGUAACUCCGAUGUGGACCAACUGAAAAAAGCUUUAGAAUCUGCAGAUUUGACAGCUACUCAGCGUUCAGAUAUUAUCUCUCAAUCAGAACAUGAGGACAGCUUUCCAGCCCUUUCAAGCUCUGGAUCAGUAUCACUAUAUGAAGUAGAAAGAUGCCAACAGCUGUCUGCUACAAUACUUACAGAUCAUCAGUAUUUGGAGAAAACACCAUUAUGUGCCAUUUUGAAACAAAAAGCUCCUCAACAAUAUCGAAUCCGAGCAAAACUGAGAUCCUAUAAGCCCAAAAAACUUUUUCAGUCUGUCAAACUUCAUUGUCCUAAAUGUUAUUCACUGCAAGAAGUUCCACAUGAGGGCAAUUUGGAUAUAAUUUUGCAAGAUGCUGCAACUCAAUCCCCAGAUAACAAACUACAAAAUACAUCAUUAUAUGAUUCAGAGAUCUGGACCACCAAAGACCAAGGAGGACGAAAAGUAGUUGUUCAUUUUGUGAAAAAUAGUGGUAUUCUUCCACUUUCAAAUGAAUGUCUGGUUUUGAUAGAAGGAGGUAUGCUUGGUGAAAUAUUUAAACUCUCAAACAAGUUUCAUAGUGUAAUUCCUGUGAGAUCUGGCCCUGAAGACCUGGAACUCCUAGAUCUUUCAGCACCAUUUCUUAUACAAGGAAAAGUGUUUUACUACGGAUAUAUACUGGGAUACAUACCAGGACAUAAUCUAAAAUGAAUUUACUACUAUGGGUCCUUGCCAAAAGAGUUUGAAAGUGACUACUAAGUCGUUUACCUAGAACUGGAAUUACUGGGUCAUAAGAUAAGCAUAUUUUUUGCUUUUUUGGGAAAAAAGCUGAAUUGUUCAAUGCUUUUAACAAUUAAUGGUCUCAUCAGUAGUAUAUAAAAAUUUCAAUUUCUAUUAUGUUCUCUCCAUGAAUUGGUGUAAAUCUAACUUAUAACUUUAUUAGACUUCAAAUGGUGUAUAUGUAUUUUCUUGUAUUUUCUAGAUGAUUAUUGGGUUUAUACAACCUAUAUGUUUAUUGACUAUUUCAGUAUUCUGUUCCAUCAAUUCCAAGUUCACAUCUUUUGCCUGCUUUUCUAUGUGAUUACCACUCUCUUUUUAGUUUAAAUUUGUGCAUGUGCAUGCAACUGCUUGUAAAUAUUCUUCUGUAGUAGAAAUACUAAUAUUUUGUCAGUUACAUACUUAACAGUGCUAUCUAUAUCUUUCUAAUUUCAUGGUUUCCUUUGUUUUAUGGAGUUUUAAAAUAUUAAUAUAGUCAUAUUUGCCAAAAUGCUUUCCCAAGCCCAUAAAAGUUUUUAAAAGCUUUCUUUAUGUUGUCUGGACAUGAUCCUUUUUAAAAAAGAUUUAAGCUAAUGGUUCAGUAUGUCUCUUUAAUGGUUAUAUAUCUGCUAAGUAUUUAUAUUUUGUUAAUGAAAUAUUUCUAGAGAAGUAUUCAUUUCAUUUUUUAAGUUUAUUGACAUACAAUUGUUGAUUAUAUUUUCAAAUUCUUUUUAAAUAUCUGCUUUGUUGUUGCAUCUACUUAAUAUUGUUUGUGUGUCUCUCUUUUUUUCCUUGAGUUUUCUUUGUCAAAACAGCUGACUUUUGUUCAUGAUCAUCCUCUUUAUUAUUGUACUACUGCUCUUUGUCUUCCUUUACUUCUUUAGGUCUCCUUAGUUUUUCAAACAUUCUAUAUUUAAUGCUUGCCUCAACUAAUUAAUUUUUAAUAUAUUUUAACAUUUAUAAUUAUAAAUUUCCUCCUGAGAAUAUAGCCAUAGAUUUAUCUCAAGUUUUGAGAUAAAUGUACAUUACUUAAUAGUUGAGUUAGAGUUUAAUUUGUCCAUUAGAUCAGGCGUAUUAGUUAUAAUAAAAAAUUCUGUUUCUUUUGUGAUUUUAUUGAUUUAAACAUUUUCUUAUAAGAUGUGUGUAAACAUCCUCUGUGAUUUUGAGUCUCUUUAUUCUGUUACCAUUUGCUAUAUAUAUUUUGAGGCUCUUUUCUGAGUUCAUUUAGUUGAGUAUUAUUGGUCCUUACAAAAGGAAAACAUUUCUAACCACAAUUUUUUUCCUUAAGGUUUGUUUUUGCUAAUAUUUUUUUAUUGUUUUCAACUUAUUUUAGUAUCUAAUUCUGUUUUCAAGUUUGUGUCAUCCAGUUUUAAUAUGUCACAAAUUGUUUAGUUAUCCUUAGCAGAUGAAUUUAAAUACAUUUUAAUUAUUAGUAUGUAGUAUAUAUCUUUUCAUUUUUAUUAUUUUCUACUUAGC